CUGUCCCUCCAAAACUCAAGAAACUGAAGAGCCUAAAUGUAGAAGUUGGAGCAAAGGUUUCUUUGAAAUGUGAGGCCAGCGCUGGAAAUCCUCAGCCAUCCUACAAAUGGUUCAAAGAUGGCAAAGAAAUUAAAAAGAGCAAAGAUAUCAGAAUAAAAUAUGGGAAUGGAAAGAAAAUAUCUAGACUUCAGUUCAGUAAGGUGAAAGUUGAAGAUACAGGAGAAUACGGUUGUGAAGCAGAGAAUGUUCUGGGAACAGACAUUGCCACAGGCAGUCUCAUAGUCAGAGGUGUAACAACAACUCUGCCUUCUGCGCCUGGACAUACUAGACAAUGCAAUGAAACCGUGAAAUCCUAUUGUGUGAAUGGUGGAGUGUGCUAUUAUAUUGAAGGCAUAAAUCAGCUAUCAUGUAGAUGUCCAAAUGGAUUCUUCGGACAGAGAUGUUUGGAGAAACUGCCUUUGCGAUUGUACAUGCCAGAUCCUAAGCAAAAAGCCGAGGAGCUGUAUCAGAAGAGAGUUUUAACCAUUACUGGGAUUUGUGUUGCAUUGCUUGUGGUGGGAAUAGUAUGUGUAGUAGCUUACUGUAAAACCAAAAAACAGAGAAAUCGGAUGCACAAUCAUUUGCGGCAAAACAUGUGUCCAGCACAUCAGAACAGGAAUCUAGCGAAUGGCCCUAGCCAUCCACGGCUGGAUCCUGAGGAAAUUCAGAUGGUUGAUUAUAUAUCUAAAAAUGUUCCUGCUGCUGAGCAUGUCAUAAGAAGAGAAAUAGAGACCACCUUUUCAGGGAGCCAUUCCUGUUCACCAUCACAUCCCUCUUCCACGGGAACUCCAACUUCAAGCCAAAGACAUGAAAGCCACACCUGGAGCUUGGACCGCACAGAAAGCCUCACUUCUGAUUGUCAAUCUGGGAUGAUGUUGUCUUCUGUGGGAACCAGCAAAUGCAACAGUCCUACCUGUAUGGAAGCUCAUGCUCGGCGGGAAGCAUCAUACUCCAUUGAGGAACAGAGGAGGCCAAUGAUGCAGUACAGAGAUUCUGUGGAUUCCCUUCGAGACUCACCACAUAGUGAGAGAUAUGUCUCUGCCUUGACCACCCCGGCACGCCUAUCCCCUGUCGACUUCCAUUGCUCAGCUUCAGCCCACGUGCCCACCUUUGAAAUAACUUCUCCUAAUUCUGCUCAUGCGGUUUCACUUCCCCCGGCUGCAUCCAUUAAUUUCCAAGUGGAGGAGCAACAGCCAUUGCUAAGAAGGUACCAAGCGCCCUCCCAAGAUACACAAAGGUAUGAUACUUACUACCAAAGAAGGAACUAUCUGAAUGAGAGUACAGGGAGCUUGCCCUCCAGUCCCUUCCGCAUCACAGAGGAUGAUGAAUACGAGACAACCCAUGAGUACAUCACUGCACUAGAACAGCCAAAGAGAACAGGCAGCAGCAACAGGCGGUGGAGGAGAUCUAAACUGAAUGGCCACCUGUCUCACAGAGGCAGAAUGCUUAGAGAUUCCUUUUCGGUCAGCAGCGCCUCAUACAGUGAGUCUGAUGAGGAGCUGAUAGCUGAAAGCACCCCUUUCUUAAGCAAUCGGAACAUGGAGGCGACGGACACAGAUUUGUACUGCUCAGCUGACAACAGAACUUUCUCUUCUUUCAGCAGAUUCAACGCACAGGGUGAAAGCCAACAAACACACACCAGAUCCAGCCAAGGCUUUGCGCCACCUUAGGUGUUACACACUCUUCCUCAUGUCCACUUCCAUGAAUACAUCAGUACUGAGGAAGAUAACACGACAGAAAAGACAAAUUUUUAUUUUAUAUAAAAAAAAAUGCAAAAAUAUAACAAAUGAAAUGUUUUAUUUUCAUUUUAGCAAUGAUGUCUUAUAAGAGCUAAUGGCAAAAACCUUUUUGUAAGGAAUCUAUUUAUAUGUAACAUCUUGAUUUACAGCUUCUCAGAAAAACAGAAACUUAACAAAAACAUUUUAAAAGAUGGGCCAAUUUUUGACUACAAAUCAUUAAAAAAUAUUGUGGUGCCUUUUUGCUGUAUGCGAAUGCCAGAGUCCACACUGAAUAUUAUGUUUAAGCAUUCUUGAAACACAGGCUUUAUGUUCAGGACAAUUUGUUAUAAAAUAUUCCAGUCUGCAUUUUCCCAUUUGAACAGUACCCUUUUAAAUUCCCCGAUACCUAGAGAUUAAUGAUCUAGUGUUGCUAAAGUAAUGUGCUCUUGGUCUCUCCCAUUUCCUUUCCCUCCUGCACAUGUGCGCAUAGACGUAUGUUUCAGUGUUUCCAUAAAUAUUUUUCCCUAGCUGGGAAAAUAUUACACACUGGUAAGUAAAAAUUGGUUUCUCUGAUAAGACAAACAAUAAACAAAAAAAGGGGGGGGUGGAGAAGAAAGGAAAGAGGAUUACACAGUAUCUGUAGCCCUUCCAAUGUAUUUCUGAUCCUCAAAAGGUCUGUGAUCAAGAUACCACCACCACCCCAAAACCAAACAUUGCAAAUCAUUAAAUAAUACUAGUUUAAGUAAUGCUGCUCCUAAAAUCUGUUUUGACACCAUUUCUGGAGAUAAACUUCAGCUGUUUAGUAAAGAUAUAAGCCACUGCUGUGCAUGCACAGAACAAAAAUGUCCUC